GCCGGUUUUAUUUGUAUUUGUUUUAAACAAAGAACAAAAAAAAGACAUUCAAGACAAGAGAGUUGGAUAUAUCUACUUAAGUAUUAGGUUUCUGGGUGUGUAUAUUUGUAUUAUGUGAGUAUUUGUCAGAGUACAUGUGUGCAUAUAAAAUCUAUAACAUGGACGGUCAAAAUAAUAACUAGUUUCAUUUGCAAGGAGGUUGAAAUAUGUAAUAAGAGUCUCCAGAAAGGUUCCUGAGUGGUUCUGAAUGGUUUAAAUUAGAGUUGAAACUCUAUUAUUUUAAUUAUCGAUUAAUUGUUCCUAGAGCCUAAGGUGUUGUCUACAAAUUGAAAGAUAAUCAGUUUACUAUCAUGCAUGACACAGAAACAAUAAAAUGCUUGGCAUUUCUCCUUAAAAAAUUACUAAAUCAGUAACUUAGUUAUCAAAACAAUUGCAGAUUAAUAUUUUGCUGAUUGACUAAUUGAUUAGUUGACCAAUCCCUGUGACUCUUGUGUUAAUAGAUUUUAGGCAUAAAGCACCGUCAAGGGGAACUCCGGUCAAUAAGAAUGGAUAAAGUUAAAGUGAUCUGUAGCUGACACUUCCAAAAGGUGUGUUUAUAGUCAUUAGGUAUUUGCAUGUUGCAGUGUUGGCACUUUUUAGUGUCUGUAAGUCUCAUGAGAAAUGUGUUGCGUGUUGUGUGCUCUCUGCAAUAUUGACUGAGGUUGGAAGAAAAUUUGAAAAUAUUUAGAUAUUUAGAGGUUCAGAUUACCGGCGAAGUGUCUCUGGGAAUAUCAGAUGCCAAUCUGUCAUAGGAUUCAGAAAGUUUUGAACAAAACAUGCUUGUACCAAACAUGAUCUGCAGUGUGGCUGCCAGAGAGGGGUAGGGGGUUAGUUUCAUAGAGGAUGAGAUAAUGGUUUUCAUUUGAUGGAUUUACAUACCUGCAUAUAGACGAAUGUUUGGUUUUUAAGCUAAUUGCUUAAAAGUAAUUGUUCUGAAUUAUUUGUCCAAGCUGUGUGAUACCUCUAGAGCUCACUAAUGGAAAAUAGAAGUGGCUUUUAUUGAUUGUGAAAUUUUCAUUGUGUCUAAAUUAGGUAGAUUAAGGAAAGACAACUUUUUGUUUAUGUAUUUGAUGCACUUUCAGCCACUCUUCUAUUGUAAAGGACAUUCAUGGCUCAGUUCAGUCAGGUGGAUGUGCACAAAAGUGGAACGUCUUGUAGAUUCAUUGGGUUACAAGACUGUUGUUUUAACUUCUUUUUCGUCUUGAACAAGCAACUGUGAUACAUGAUACAUGUCUAAUUAUUGCUUUAUCUUUUGGUCCAGGUUUUCAAAUGUUAUUGAGACUUUAUCUUAAACACAUUUCUUGCACCUAACCUACCUGUCUUCUUUCUUUAUGCUAAUAAAAUAAAAAUUUCCAAAACCAGGCCCAAAAUCACAAAUUUGCAAGGGGCUUCACAAUCCAUACAGCAUACAACACCCUCUAUCCUUAAUUCAGAUAAAGAAUAACUCUCCAAAAUCCAUCUUAUGGAACUUUACUCAAAGGAAGCAAGCAUUGCUGCAGGAGUGACAUCUAUUUUUAGUGACACCACAUGUGCUUCUGACCAGCAAGCUGCACAGCUAAGACAGCUUCUGGUGUGGCCUCAACUUUAACACUUCAGUCGAUGAGAGAAAUGUGUGGUAAGUUUAUUGUUUAUAGUGUUACACAGACAUGAGAGGAAAUAACUGAGAUAAGAUAUAUUAUAAAUACAGUAUAUAGGUGGUGUUUUUAUAACUUCUCUACUGCCCACAGCAUUAUAUUGCUUUGUUGGUCACUUCUGUAUCAGUCCUCACAUGUGGUAUUUUCUCAGAUUCUUCUCCAGCAGGCUGAUAAAAACAUCUUAUCACACAUUCUCUGCAACAGUGGCCGAACUUUGACCCGGUGAGAAUACCCUCCCUCACUUGUAGAUUCACAUCAGCUCCUCCUCACCCAACAGAACCAAUCAGAAAACAGUUUGUGUGUCUGUGGCCUUGGAAAUUUAAGAAAAGGGUGAGUGGAGUCACACUGAAAGGUAGGUUUAACUGCCUCUUGGAUAAAAGCCGUAACUCAGAGCAGUAUAUGAGACAGAAAAUAUAAUUUUCCAUAUGUGAUUUGGAACAUCAUUCCUUUACUUCAGCUUAAUUUCCAUAAAAGUUUUAACAUUAGUUUAGUUUGAUCAUUUAUUUUAAAACCUUCCUCACUUAAACAUUUCAGAUUGUGAACACUGACACCCAGUGGCUUUAAUGAAAAUGAUUUCAACUGUAGUAAUCUGUUUUUCAGUAUCACUUCUUGAACUGAAUUCUCUCUCUGAUCAGGUUUUUCAACAUGAACCGAGCCUGGGCUUUGUUCAAGGCUCACCCGUACAUCAGCAACGUGGUGGGAUACACAACGUUGUUUGCCUCUGCUGACCUCAUACAGCAGAGCAUGCUUGGUGGCAAACCUGCUGCAGGCUCCUCAUCAGAGGACUCAGCUGGCAUUGACUGGUGUCAGACGGCCCGUGUGGCGACUGUCGGCUUCUGUUUCCAUGCCAACUUCAACUACCACUGGCUCAGAGGGCUGGAGAGGAUGAUGCCGGGGAGCAGCGUCAAGGCAGUGACAGGGAAAGUUGUGGUGGAUCAGCUGGUUGCAGCUCCUCUCACCAUCAGUGCCUUUUAUAUUGGUUUAAGUUUACUAGAAAACAAAGAUGACCCGCUUGAAGACUGGAGACAAAAAUUCUGGACAUCUUACAAGGCUGGCGUGGUGUUUUGGUCAACAAUGCAGGCAGUGAACUUUGCCCUGGUCCCUCCCGUGGCACGGACUGUGUUUCUGGGAGGCAUUGCUCUGACUUUCACAAUCUUUCUGUGUCACCUCCGACAGCAGCAUGACCACAAACUUGAAUAAACUCGAGACCCUCAAAGCCACAUGUUUUGGACUGAAUGACUGUGAUUUCAAUCUGAAAAGUUGUGUGUUAUUAUUUUUUGUGUUCAAAUCAUUUAAAUAUAACAUUACAAAUUCAGUUGCAGAGUUAAAUUUGCUGAGGAAACUGGGAGGAUUCCUAAAUAAGAUAAAGGUCACGUCUCAAACAUCUACAUUGGUACCACACUGUGAAUCAGCUGAUUAGCCUACAUGGUUCUUUUUCAGCUGUGAUGUGUUUCUGUCUUGUUUCAACACUGAAUAACAAUGAUGCAACAGUGCCUGAGUUUAAUCCUGCAGAUAUUUCUGUUGGUGUAAUCCUUUUUUGUAGGUAUAGAGAACAAUCUACACUUAACUGUCACACUAUUUCAGUAUCUCUUAUACAGGAAUCAAUUGGUUAAUGGAGAUUGCAGGAAGAGGUAUAGAUGUGGAGCGCCCUGGUAGCUGAGUGGUUACUGCAUAUGCUACAUAACUGUACCAUCCCUGGUUUGAUUUCAGCCAGAGACCUUUGUUGCAAGUACGAAUGUUGCCAAACAUACAUUUUGUAACCAAUGAAGAUAAAACAGUUGUUGUUGUCAAAUCUGCUGCUCACUGUGAAGUAGAUUCUUUUGUCUUUUCUCAAACUGAAUUUCAUAUUUUUUGCCAUCACUCUGAAAUCUGUGGGAGGAACAGUCUGUAUUUAUUAUUGAAUAAAUACACUAAUUUUCAUAUCAUCAUUUAAUUUAAUUAUGGAGGAAAUUAAGUGUCGGGACAUACUGGUCGUUAAUCUUAUAGUUGGUGGUUUGAUUCUAACCUCCUUGAAAGGGUCCUUGAGCAAAGCACUGAACCCCAAACUCCUCUUAAUGUGUGUGUAUGGGGUAAAAAAAUACAAGAUGCUUUGGACUAAAUGUGAAAUGUCCCAAAUUAAAAUAAUUAAUCUUACUGUUUUUGGAAAUUGGCAUGAAGAAAUGUUCAAACGAGACAUUUAUUUCUUAUUUUGUGUUUUGGA